AUGUAUUCAAGAUUUUUUCAACAACUUGAUUCACUUGUUCAACAUGAAUUAGAAAUUGAUUAUAGAUCAAUGGUAUUUGUUUUUACUGUUGAUCCCAUAACUCAUCAAGCUCAAUUUUUAUCUUCAUCAAAAUUUACUAUUUUAUUAAAUAGAGAAUUAUUAAAUAAUUUAGUUAUUAUGGCAACAGCUCAAACUGAUGAACCAUCAAAUCAUAGAGAUGCUAUAGCAUGUUAUAAAAAAGGCACUUUCCCUCUUGAAACAUAUAACAACACUUUUACUGAUAGAAAAAUGGAAAUGGAACAACCUCAUUACGCUCAAGUUCAUUACCAAUCAUCUACUCAACGUCCUUUACCUCCAACACCUACUCCUCAACAACUUCAUCAAAGAAUUCAAGAACAAAUAGAAGAAAAAAUGCAAAUGAGUACUUAUUCUCCUGAAAAUACUUCUCCAAGAAUUGCUGUAUGUCAUGAAGUGUCUCCAACUUUAGGUAAUGUUGAAGAACUUUCUAAAGAAAGAAUUCAAUCUCUCCCAACUCCAAUAAAAACAAAUCAACGUCUUGGUGAGCCAAAAAGAAAAAGGAGUUCUACUCCAAUAAGAAUAUGUUCAUAUCAGUCUGUUAAAUCAACAAUUGAUGACUCAACUAAAUUAAAAAUUAUUUCUGCAAUAUCUCCUGAAACAAUGCAUAAAUAA